AUGUUUCUCAUGUCGCGCAGCGUACAGGGCAUGGACAACGGAGGAACCAUGGGCCUUUCUGAGAUCGCCGUGUCCAACCUCGUCCCGCUGUCAGGUCGGGAAAUGUCCACGGGCAUCUGCGUUUGGAAUUGGCCAUUACGCCUUGCGCACAGCUUGGAGCGAGUAGAUCAAGAAGGGGUGCGUGUUCCAGUGUUCUUGUAG